UAGGUGAUCACGAAGUUCUGUUCUGAGCGUAUUGCAAAGUAUGCUUUUGAGUAUGCGUACCUCAACAACAGGAAGAAAGUUACAGCGGUGCAUAAGGCUAACAUCAUGAAACUUGCGGAUGGUUUGUUCUUGGAAUCUUGUCGGGAGGUUGCUAAAAAAUAUCCGAGCAUCACCUACAAUGAAAUCAUUGUUGAUAACUGCUGUAUGCAACUUGUAGCGAAACCAGAGCAAUUCGAUGUCAUGGUAACACCCAAUCUCUAUGGUAAUUUAGUUGCAAAUACUGCUGCUGGUAUUGCUGGAGGCACAGGAGUCAUGCCUGGAGGAAAUGUUGGGGCAGACCAUGCAGUAUUUGAGCAAGGUGCAUCAGCAGGAAAUGUUGGGAAAGACAAGAUAGUAUUGGAAAACAAAGCAAACCCAGUGGCAUUGCUUCUCUCAUCAGCGAUGAUGCUUAGACACCUUCAGUUCCCGUCAUUUGCUGACCGGCUUGAAACAGCAGUGAAAAAGGUCAUCGCUGAAGGAAAGUGCAGGACGAAAGAUCUUGGUGGAACAAGCACGACUCAACAGGUAGUUGAUGCGGUCAUUGCAAAACUAGACUGACUUUGACAAAUUACGUGUUCCCUGUCUGCAUAAAUUCAUCAAAUUCCUGCUACAGAUUUUGUGUGUUUGCCAAAAUAUGGGGUAUGAUCCAAUCCUAAGCACACCACCGGUUAUUUGGUUUUGUACCUCGAGUUUUAUAUUCUUUAGCCGUCUAAAAUUUCGAUAAGAAAAGAAACAAAAACAUGUUCUAAAUAAUUCAUGUUGCUACGUUUGUUUGUUGGCGGCUUUUGUCAUUUCAUAGUUUCUAAACCCCUGUUCGCGGAAUAUGCAAACUUUUUUAUUGA